CUGACACUACAGGGACUUGCAUGUUUUAAGCCUUGGUUGCAGGUAUCAUGGUGAUGGAAGGCUUUCUUCAAAAACGGUUGUCGCUACUGAAAGGUUAUAAAGACCAGUGGUUUGUGUUGACAGAUGAUGGAUAUCUCAAGUACUUUAGCGAAAAACCCAUUCAGGAACUACAGAAACCAAGGGGGAAAAUGCUUUUAUUGCUUUCAGAUACAACAGUAAAGAAGGAUAAAGUCUCUUUUACAGUAACAUCAGCAAGUAACAAUGUUUACCGUCUGAGAGCUAAUUGUGAAGAGAAGAGGAGGAAAUGGGUACAGGCCAUCAAUGAAACUAGCACACAAAUGUAUAACAGAAUGUUCAAGGGAUUCUAUGACAUAGAAGAAAACAAGUCAAAUAUUACCGAUUCGGACCAGUAUAACGGCAACAAAGAAACUGAUGAUGUGUUCAACCAUUAAAUGAAACAGAUUUUGAUGGUGUUAUUGCUGUAGCAGAAUCCAAUAUUGCAUCAUUAUUUCAGACAAGGAAAACGCCAUUUGUUGCCGUAGGAGCAAUAGAUUUUGGAACUACCUAUUCUGGAUGUGCCUAUUCUACAGUUCAAGAUUUCAAAACAAACCCUUUGAAGAUAAACACAUUUCAACUAGAUCAUAAAAAUGUGUCUUCGUACAAAACUCCUACAGUACUACUACUAACUCCGGAGGGUCGAUUUCAUUCAUUUGGGGCGACGGCAGAAAAUCAUUACGUAACUCUCGCCCGAAAAGAAGAGGCUAAUAGUUGGUACUACUUCAGUCGGUUCAAAAUGCAACUGUAUAAAAACAAGGAGCUGAGAAGCAACCUUGUUAUAAAGGAAGUUGGAGGUAAAACAAUGAAAGCCAUGGUGGUGUUUGCAUUCUGUAUAGAAUACAUCAAAGACCUGGUAUUGGAUAUAUUGAAGAAAGCAAUACAUGGUUUAGAUGACAACGAUGUCCACUGGGUUGUAACUGUUCCCGCAAUCUGGAAUGAACAAGCUAGGCAAUUUAUGAUUGAGGCUUCCGCAAAGGCAGGCAUUGAAAAAGAAAACCUGACAUUGGCUUUGGAACCCGAAUGCGCUGCUUUGUAUUGCAGAUAUCUUGCUAUGGACAAACAAGAACAUGGGGAUAACGUUGAAAUAAAAGCAUUUGAUGAAAAUGCAAGAUUUAUGGUGGUUGAUUUAGGCGGCGGAACAAUUGACAUAACAAUGUCAGAAGUAAUAUCGACUGGACAGCUUAGAGAAAUAUAUAAUGCCACAGGAGGGCCAUGGGGUGGAAAUUUUGUCAAUGACCAGAUAAUGAAAACUCUGAAAGAAGUCAUCGGAUGGGAGGUGAUGAGAAAAUUCCAGGAUGAGGAUUAUGAUGAUUACCUUGAAGUUUUGCGGCAAGUUGAACAAAUAAAACGUGGUGUGGAUCACGACUCUGAAUUUGUAGUUUCAAUACCAAAAGAUCUUUUGACGAACAUUAAUGUUCCCGAUUCACUCCAGCAGGACGUGCAUAUAGGGAAGAAGAGUAUAACGUUGUCCACAUCAUUAAUACAAAAAAUAUUUUCUUCAUCAGUUGAUUCCAUGAUUAAACAUGUGGAAAAAUUGCUUCACAACGGAGAAGCCUGUAGCGUGUCAACUAUUCUGUUGGUAGGGGGAUAUUCAUCAUCCAAAGUUAUUCAAAGUGCUUUUCGAGAGAAGUUUGAGAAGAAAUAUAGAAUAAUUAUUCCAUUGACACCAGAUAUGAUUGUUUUAAAAGGCGCAGUUAUAACAGGCCAUGGCAUCGAAACAAUUGUAGGAAGAAUGGCAAAGUACCAUUAUGGUCUAGGUUUAAGUGCAGCAGCAGUCUCUGGUCGUAGUAUAUCAAUAGGAGAUAAUGACAAUAAAACGUUUUUUUCGUUAAUCAAGAAAGGUCAAAAGAUAAAAGUUGGCGAAGUAGUAACACAAUACGAAGUCGUAUUGAAAGCAAAAUCAAAAUGGGCCAACCUUGAAAUGUAUACCACUAAAGAUGAUAAACCAAGGACAAUCAUUGAUAAUGACCAUUUUACCAAAAUUGGAGGCAUCCUUGUUAAACUCCCACAAUUCAAAAGAGAAAGCAUACUUAUCCUGACAAUAUCGUAUGACGAAACAGAAUUCAAGGUCGUAGCUACAGAUAAAAACACAGGUCGAUGCUUCGUUGGUACAUGUAGGUUUCUUGAAAAGGAAAGCAAUUAAAACUUGAUUUGAAAUAAGAGUAAGAACAUAUGUUUAACGUGUCAAAAUGAAUGUUGUUUAGCCCUUUUUUCACGUUUCAUAUAAGUCAGGAUAUGACACUUCAAAUAACAUUUAACAGAUAAUUAAAAUGUUUAAACUUUUCAAACUCUGUUUUCUGUUGGGUAGUUUUUUGCAUUUUUAAUCUUUGUAUAUUUUCAU